GAGGAGGGGCGUCAGGAUUGCUGGGUACCGGAUGUGAUUCCCCGGGCAUAGCGAAGGGUCCGUCGGAGCGUGGUUGCCAUGGUUGCCGCAACGGAAAGGGAGCUUGAGGCCUAGUCGAGUAGGCGAAACGGGCUGCUCUCUGACUCGAAGGUUACGGGCUCGGGUGUAAAAAGAGUCCCUUCGGAGGGCCAGACAGAUAUAAUAUUCCUGCAAGAUGACCCAGGCAGAAAUCAAGCUCUCUUCCCUCUUGCUCUGUGAACAUUUUGGUGAGAUCGUAGAAAAGAUUGGGACGCACCUCAUUCGCAUGGGUAGCCAGCCAUUACGGAUGAUAGCUCAUGACACUGGGAUGUCACUUGACCAGGUUCGGAAGGCACUCUGUGUCCUGAUCCAGCACAACUUAGUGACGUAUGAGCUGCAGAAGCGAGGCCUGGUGGAGUAUGAAGCCCAGUGCAGCCGAGUGCUGCGGAUCCUCCGCUACCCCCGCUAUAUCUACACUGCCAAGACCCUUUACAGUGACACGGGUGAGCUGAUCGUGGAGGAGCUGCUGCUCAAUGGCAAGAUGUCCAUGAGUGCCACAGUGAAGAAGGUGGCUGACCGGCUGACAGAAACAAUGGAAGAUGGUAAAACAAUGGAGUACAGUGAAGUCUCGAGCACGUUUGUACGCCUGGCAGACACCCACUUUGUUCAGAGAUGCCCAUCAGUUCCUGAAGGUCCAGAGCCUUCUGAUGGCCCGCCUCCUCCUGUGCCCACAUUGCUGUUGAACGAGAAGGAUAUGUAUGUGGUUCCAAAACUGAAUCUCAUAGGGAAGGGGAAGAGGAGGCACUCCGACAACGGCCAAGACAAUGGAGAAUGCAAAGCGAAACGACAAAAGCAGGAGGCAGACAGCAAGGAGCCUCCAUCAGAUGAUGGAAUCUACUGGCAAGUCAACAUUGACCGUUUCCACCAGCACUUCCGAGAUCAAGCCAUUGUCAGCGCUGUGGCCAACAGAAUGGACCAGACCAGCAGUGAAAUUGUGCGGACGAUGCUGCGAAUGAGUGAAGUCACGACCUCUUCCAACGCGCCAUACACCAUGCCCCUGUCUUCCAACGAGAUAUUCCGGUCACUUCCGGCUGGUUACAACAUCUCCAAGCAGAUUCUCGAUCAGUACCUCACUCUAUUAGCAGAUGAUCCGCUGGAGUUUGUUGGCAAGUCGGGGGAGAGUGGCGGAGGAAUGUACGUCAUCAACCUUCAUAAGGCCCUGGCGUCUCUGGCCACCGCAACGCUGGAAUCAAUAGUUCAGGAAAGAUUCGGGUCUCGUUGUGCUCGCAUCUUCCGCCUGCUCCUGAGGAAGAAGCAUCUGGAGCAGAAGCAAAUAGAAGACUUUGCAAUGAUCCCUGCCAAGGAAGCAAAGGAAAUGAUGUACAAAAUGCUGUCAACUAACUUUGUAGCCCUGCAGGAAAUCCCCAAGACCCCCGAUCAUGCCCCUUCCCGCACUUUCUACCUAUAUACAGUGAACAGGCUCUCAUCUGCGCGGAUGCUGCUCCACCGCUGUUACAAGAGCGUGGCCAACCUGAUAGAAAGACGCCUGCAUGAGACCAAGGAGAACCGGCGUCUGCUGGAAAAGUCCCAGCGGGUGGAGGCCAUCCUCGCCUCAAUACAGGCCUCGGGGGCAGAGGAGGCACAGCUGCAGGAGAUCGAGGAAAUGAUCACAGCCCCCGAACGGCAGCAGCUGGAGAGCCUCAAGCACAACGUCAACAAGAUUGAUGCAAGUGAGAACCAAGUGGAUGAAACCAUAUUCAUUUUGGAAUCCUAUAUCAACAGCACCAUCAAGAGCUGAGCACCCCCAGUAACUACAAGGCAACGGAGAGGGGCUGUCUUCCUCCUCACUAAGGAGCAAUUCUGUCUCCCCAUCACAAGCAGGGCUAAUGGACACUGAGUGUUGGGUGUGCUUCAACCACUCCUUGUGACUCUAUUUAUGCCAAUUUUUUACAAAAGGAAAUAAAAAGACAGACUUGUUGACGUAGACUGGUUGGGAAGUGUUAUGGGGAAGAAUGCGUAUUUGGGUGCAAAACGAUUGUUGUAAAACACAGCUUUGCCUAGCAGCAGCUUCCCUCUUCCACCAUCUUCCAGUUCUGAAGGAACCGCUGGGCCUCAGUCUUCACAAACAUUAGACUUCAAGAUUGCUGUAAAACAGGACUAUUUUGUCCCUCCCAGUGGGCCAUAGAGAGGUGGGUAGACUUGUCACAGUGUGCUGCCACUCCCUGUGGGGGGCCCCACUAGAAAAUUGAGCAGGGGCACUCAAAUAACUGAAUCACUGAAUGCAUUUCCAGGGCUUCAAUUCUCUAACAUAGCCUCUCCAUAAGUGGCUGGAGGUCUGACAUCAACAUCACUUAUAUUUACAUCGCUUGUACUGUAUACAGGAACCAGAGCUUGUCAAAAUGAUUGUGUUUGGUUUGGCUUUGAAUGACGCUUCUAUGCUGCGCUAAAUGUUCAGAAAGAGCUAGAUCCCUGUCAUAGAUGAACCUUUGGGGUCUUUGCAGCAGGAGGUGAUCCCUAAAUAGACAUCGGUAAACAGCAUGGCAGUUGGGUCCUUAUGUAUAAGGGGAGGGGCUAGAUUGGCACCCAAUGACAAGAUUUGGAUUCAAUGAUUGACCAAUAAUAUUAGGAAACAACCUCAAAAAUGUUUUGCCAAAUCUCAAUAAGCUUAUCACACGCCCACCACAACUGUAAAAGGGUCCAUCUCUUGCUAAAGCCCUACCAGCAUUGAGAUGAACUCAGUGCUACAGUAACAUUGUCUCACCCACCCUAGGGAUAUAGAUGCUGGUUGACCAGGACUUGCGGCCCCACCAAGGGUGCCCUACAUACAUAGAUUCAGGUGUGCCUAAGGCCCUUCACAUUGCUGUCAGCUGUUGGCUUGGGGGUGCAGAUGGUCAGCCUGUUGGCCUAUGUCUAUGGGGUGGAGCUAGCUCAUGUACCAGAAGCCUCUUUGUAAAUUCCUACUUGAAGAAGAUGUCAUUUCCUUGCAAGUCUCAUUGCCUGAUGUCCCACCCGUGUCACAACCCUAUAAAUCAGUGGCAGGCUUGUACAAGCAGGAUGGAGGCAAUUUCCAAAAGGACUUCAGUGCCAGCAAGCUCUGCGCUACUUCCAAUGCCUUUUACCCCUCACAGCACCGUUAAUAGACUACAGCUCCCAGGAUUCUUUGGGAGAAGCCAUGACUGUUUCAGGCGGUCUCAUAGCCCUUUAAAUGUAUGGUAUGAAUGUGACCAAAGUCUUGUACAAAAAUCCCACCAAUAUUUGUUCUGACACAAGCUUUUGUGAGCUAGUCCU